UAUUCAGUUAGGCAACAGUCGUUGCCGUUGUUGGUUGGCUAAAUUUUAUAAUUAUUUUCCGUGAUUAUUUAUAUACACACACAUAAACAGUUCGCGAUGGUUGUUGAGACACUGUUGCCUUGCAGCGUAAAAGUCGCCAAGCUGAUACAAAAGUCCAGCUGUGAUGUACUCUGUAUCAUCGAUCGUCAAGUGCCACCAGAGUUGGUGGAACAGUUCGGUGAAUGUCGUGCGUUUGAUAAGGCUUUUGAUAGUGUUGUCUCCUGCUUUAAAUCGCAGCAAUUGAACUUGCCCGUGGUUUAUUCACCCAUUCAGGAGUUGAGUGAUUAUCACGAUGUGCGUACGUAUCAAAAAGCGGCAGCCAAGUCUUUGGAGCGCGCAAUCAAGGCUGGCUUCAAGUCCCCCUUGCUGCUGGUGCCAGCGAGCAAACGCUUUGCGAAUGCUGAACUUUGCACUGUUCUGGGUGCUUUGGAUCAAUUAUAUGUUCCAAUCCAACUGCGGGAAGAUGUGCCUGAACAGGCGAAGCGUAUUGCACAGUUAUCACUACUCAUUGAAACGCCAAGAGCUGAGGAUAUUAUCAAGGAAGCUCUGGUUUUGGAGUCCGGUCGUAUGGUUGCACGCGAUAUUGGUGUUGGCGAUCCAGAACGUAUGGCGCCACCGCGCGUAGAAGACUACGUUAACAAUGUACUCUCCUCGCUGAAGAAGGAAGUGAUUAGUGAUUUGGACGUUUUGCAGAAAGACUAUCCACUUUUUGCCGCUGUCAAUCGUGCUGCAAAUCAAGUUAGCCGACAUCGUGGUCGCAUCAUCUUUCUGGAGUAUGUGCCACCAAAGCCGGCGCGCAAGACGCUGAUGCUGGUCGGUAAAGGUGUCACCUAUGACACUGGUGGUGCUGACAUCAAAGCCGGCGGCGUGAUGGCUGGCAUGUCGCGUGACAAGUGUGGUGCCGCGGCUGUUGCUGGUUUCAUGCAGAUUGUCAAUGAGCAAAAGCCUGCCGAUGUGCAUGUCAUUGCUGCCCUUUGCAUGGUGCGUAAUUCCGUGGGCGAGGAGUCUUACGUCUCCGAUGAGAUUCACACUUCACGUGCCGGUGUACGCAUACGUGUUGGCAAUACUGAUGCCGAGGGACGCAUGUGCAUGGCGGAUGCUUUGUGCCGCAUGAAGGAGAUCGCCAUCGAGCGCCAAUUGCCCGAUCCACAUCUCUUCACCAUCGCAACGCUGACUGGCCAUGCUUGUAUUUCAGCUGGAGAUGGUUAUUCGAUUGCCAUUGACAAUAGUGUGGCACAAAAGGCGGGACAUGCUCGUUUGUUGCAAGAGACUGGUCAGUCCUUUGGUGAGCCGUUCGAAGUAUCUGUAUUGCGUCCAGACGAUUUUGAUUUCAACAAAGGUAAAGUGAUCGGCGAAGACAUUGUGCAAGCCAACAAUGCUCCAUCGACUCGCACUCCAAGAGGACAUCAGAUACCGGCCGCUUUCCUCAUUCAAGUCACCGGCUUGGAUAAGCAUGGCUUGGAAUCAAACUUGCCCAUCAAAUAUACCCAUAUUGAUAUUGCCGCUAGCGCAUGCGUCUUCCCAGAGAUACCAACUGCUGCACCAAUUGUGGCCUUGGCUAAAACACAUUUGUAGAACGAUUCGUUCGCGGCUUGCAUUUAAGAUAAUACAGCGAUUUAUAUAGUAUUUCCAUUGAAGACCAUUUGAAUUGUACUUAUAACCGCAAAUAUGCAUGUUUAUUACUUUGUUACUCUGAUCUGCCACUACACAAAUAUAAUCACACAUUAAAAGCUAACAAUGCCAGUAUAA